GGCAGCACAGCCAACGCUCAGCUAGUAAAAAAAAUUUAAAAAUAUAAAUAAAAGAAAAAAUUUAAACUUUCAAAAAAAUUAAUCAAAUAGUCCCAAAAUGAUUGCAGAUAAAGUUGUAUUUGGCUUUAAUCUCAUUGACACUGGAGCAGUUCUGUUUCUUCUCAUUUAUUUCGUACUUACCUUAUCAGAUCUCGAAUGUGACUACAUAAAUGCACAACAAUGCUGCUCAAAGCUCAAUAUUUGGAGUAUUCCAAAAAUUACCGCACACACACUAAUUAUGCUGUUACUGCUGUUUACCGGACAUUGGGUUCUAUUUCUAGUCAAUCUGCCAUUCGCUGGAUACUUAAUCUAUGAAUUCUUGACAAUCCCGAAAGGAAAUAUUGGACUUUUUGAUCCAGCUGAGAUUCAUAACCGAGGUCAAAUCAAGAAGCACAUGAGCUUAUGUUUGGUUUAUUUGGGAUUCUAUCUCAUUAUUUUCUUUAUAUAUCUUUACAAUUUCAUCCGUGCUCUCUUACGUGAAGAUCCAAUCAAGCGUCAGGACGAUGACGAAAUUAUAACUGAUCUCUAGUCUUUAAAGUAUCUCAUCAAUUCAUCAUAAUGCAGAAAAAGUUUUAAUUUUUGUCAAAUUAUAACAAAAAUAAUUCUUUUUAACUCUUUUUUUUAAAAAAAUUUGAACCAAAAUUAUUAAAUCCAUGCUAUAUGUGAAAAUUAUUAUUUUUAAAAACUUUUUAUUUCUUAACUGUUUAAAUUGUGAAUUGAUGAAUUAAAAUGAGGAUCUAAAAUCUAUGAA